AUGAAGAUGGUGACAGUCAGCAUUUUACUGACUGUUUUCUUUGUUGCAGGUGCUUUGGCUGAUUAUCCUGACUGGAUAGCACUCUACAUGACUGCACCAAAGAAGCUGGAAGCACUGAGUGGAUCUUGUUUGCAAAUCCCAUGUAACUUCAGCACCAAAGAUGAACAGACAUUUAACAGAGCAAGAAAAAUCUUUGGAGUGUGGAUUAAAAAUAACGCUGACUUUGGCAAAUAUCCAAACAAUGUGAUCUUCAACAGUAAUGGAGCAGUUAGCAUCUAUCCAAUGAGUAUUACUGGGAACCUGAGUCAGAGAGACUGCACCACUCUGUUUUCUAAUUUAACCACAAACUACACAGACACAUACUUCUUCAGAGUAGAGAGAGAACCAUUCAAGGCGACAGCUCAACAUGAUCCUCUUCAAAUAACAGUCAAAGAUUCUCCUUGGAGGCCCAAUAUUACAAUCCCAGGUGAUCUGAAGGAGAAGAAGUCUGUCACUAUAACCUGCUCAGCUCUCACUCCCUGUCCACACUCCCCUCCUCAACUCACCUGGAAUCUCCAACAAGACUCUCACAACAAAACAGAGGAAAACACAGAUGGAAGCUUUACAACUAAAAUCCAGCAGACCAUCACUCUGUCAGACACACAUGAUGGAAAGAAGAUCAGCUGCUCUGCCAGAUAUCCUGUGAACCAAGGAAAAGACACCAAGACAGCAGAGACAGAAGAGACUCUCAGUGUUUCAUAUGCUCCUAAAGACACCUCAGCAUCCAUCAGUCCAUCAGGUUUGGUGUCAGCAGGCAGCUGGGUGAACCUGACCUGCUCCAGCAGAGCCAAACCUCCAGUCAGCAGCUUCACCUGGUUCAAGAAGAGCAGAGAUGGAGCUGUGAAUGUAUCUGAAGGAGAGAUUUACAGCUUCAAUGUAACAGAUGGAGGAGUUUAUUACUGUGUGGCCACUAAUGAUCUGGGUAAUCAGACAUCAGCAGAGAUUAACGUGACUGUUGGAGAUGCUCCUAAAAACACCUCAGCAUCCAUCAGUCCAUCAGGUUUGGUGUCAGCAGGCAGCUGGGUGAAGCUGACCUGCUCCAGCAGAGCCAAACCUCCAGUCAGCAGCUUCACCUGGUUCAAGAAGAGCAGAGAUGGAGCUGUGAAAGUAUCUGAAGGAGAGAUUUACAGCUUCAAUGUAACAGAUGGAGGAGUUUAUUACUGUGUGGCCACUAAUGAUCUGGGUAAUCAGACAUCAGCAGAGGUUAAUGUGACUGUUGGAGGAGAGCAGAAUGGCAGCUCCUUUCUAACAUGGCUACUUCUUGGAGGAAUCCUUGGAUUCAUCUUACUCGUCUGCCUUAUUAUCUUUGUUUGCAGGAACCUCAGAAAAGUGAAUGAAGAGCCAGCGAGUAAAUCGGAAGGAGAAGAAGAAAACAUCCAUUAUGGAGAGAUCAGCUUCUCUGUGCUGAGAUAUGAAGCAUCCUCUGACUCAGUGCAGUACAGAGGACAGCAGCAGGAUACGGUGUACGCACAGGUGAAAGUCAAAAAGCCCGAAAACAGAGAGCGCGCUCACGGCCAAGAGGAAAUGUACGCUCAGGUGAAGAAAAAAGUAACAUUACAUUAACAAAGUGUAUUAAAGAAACACACACACAGAACCUGCACAUAAAAAUGUCAUUUUUCCAGUUUAGUGUUGUUUAGUUUAGUUACUUAAAAUCACAUAUCACAUCCUGCAGCUUUUUAUGUUCAGCUUUAAUUUCACACGUCUGUUUUCAUUUGACUUUUUUGUUUAGGUUUGUCUUAAAUACGUGUAAAUAGAUGUUGCAGCACUCCAAUAAGGAACUACUUUACAUGACAGUUGAGACAUUUCUGUAAGAUGACUAGAAACCUCCACAUACAAAAUUAUUUUAGCUAUCAUCAUGCUCAUACAGUAUUUGCAUGUUGUGUGUGAUCUUGAAUGAUUUAUAAUUUACAUUGUAGACAUGUUGAAAUUAAUGUACAAAAGUUCGUCACAGGUAAUUUGUUUAAAUGGCUGUAG